UCCACCCUUAUUGCUUUCAACUCACCAAAACAAAGCAACUCUCCUUUGCCGCUUUAUCCCUUUGUUGGAAAUGGCUCGCAAGAAGGUGGCCCUCCGAUACAUCCUCGAUAAAAAGUCCAGAUGCAGUACUUCAAAGAAGCGGUGUGAGGGCCUAAGGAAGAAGGCGGAGGAGUUGGCCAUCAUGUGCAAGGCCAAGGCCUGUGUGCUAGUAUAUGGCGAGGGCGAGGCGGCACCGCAGGUGUUCCCGUCCCCCGCUGAGGCGGUGCCUGUCCUGAACCGGUAUAAGAAUAUGCCGGGGGGGAACUUCAAGAAGACGGUGAAUCAUGAAGGCUUUCUCAACCAACAUUUUGAUAAGCUCCGGGCCAAGUGCCACAAACUCCAGGGCGUCUGUGAAGACAACGAGACCAGAAUCCUCCUACACAAGGCCAUGCUCAGAAGCAACCUCUCGAGCCUUGAUGGCCUCAACAUCGAGGAUCUCACCAAUGUUGGCCGAAAGCUAGAGGUGAUCCUCCAGAGCAUGGGGGAAAGCAUCACAAAAAUUAGUGGCCAACCACCUGUCUUCCAGCCCCAGGAGCCAUACGUCACCAACACCAUGGACAUGGGGUCUCCAGCAAUGUAUCACGCACCACUGCCAGCUCCAUACGUCACCGACUACAUGCACACGGAGUCUUCGUCGACUUAUCACGCGCCACCACCAGCUCCAUACAUCACUCACAACAUGGACAUGGGGUCUUCGAUGAUGUAUCCGGCAGCAGCAACAGUUCCCUAUGUCACUAGUGGCAUGGACAUGGGGCCUCCCACGAUGUUUAAGGCUCCGCCGCAGCGACAAGAGGAUUCACUUGACAUGAUGAGGUAUGGAGGAGACCUUAACGCCCUGGUCUAUAGUGGCCACAAUUCUAGUGGCCGUAAUGACACCAACACAAGCACAAUCUUCCCUAGCAGUGAUAUUCACCCGAAGAGGUCAUUUGAGGUGGGGUUCGGUUGGCAGUUCGGUGGCACUGAUCCUGAAGCAUCUUCUUCAAGUCCUUUCCCCCAAAUGUAAGCAAGGAGAGGAUACAUGUAAUCCCAUUAAUAAUAAGAGACAUGUAAUCUUGGUUGUGUUCUUUGAGCGCAAGCAUAUUUCAUUUAGUCAUUGCAAUUGUUAUUA